CCGGAAACAGGUCGUGAAAUUUUUCUUGUAAUUUUAAGGAUAUGUGUUAGUAUUUAAUUAUUGAAUAAGCCCGGUUGUAUAGUAAUAAAUUAUACGUUAAUGACGAGAGAAUUUUAACGUCAUGGCCAGUGAAUUCCCUGAAAUCGGACAGUUACCGAGAUGUGUAAAAGACAUUUCUAAUUCUGGAGGAUACAUAAAAUAUUUGCCUUCAAUUGCCACAAAAGCGAAAACUAAGGAAGAAGUAGACUCUGUGCUGCAACACAUUGUGGCUGUAAUAGAAUUCGAAUGUUCUGCAAAAUCAAGAACUGGCGAAACGGGCGCAACCAAUCAGGUCGUCUUAAAUACGGCAUAUCGCGCAUACUACCAGCUUUUACAGCAACACGCACUAACAGAUGCACAAUUGAAUACUUUGCCUAAGCCAAAUUUAUUGUAUUUCGAAGAAUGUGGUUUUCAGCUGCUAUACGCCAUGUUAUUGACUGAUCAGAAAGCCAAGACAAUUGAUCCAGAGAAACUAGUGGCUGAAUCCAGCAAAGCCCUAGGUGAUGCAGUUAAUGAAGACUGCGGGAGCCUUUUACACAUUCUCAGAGUGUUAAAUUUAUUGUUGGCGAAAUUUCCUUCGCUGCAAGCGAACAUUCCAUUGCAGCAAAUCUAUCAUUGCUUGCAAAGUAAUCAAUUCGGCAUGCGUGAGGAGUCGAUGAAUCUUUUUACGAAUUGUUGCCGGUCAACAACAUUCGCAUUUGAAAAUUUUCAAACAAUUUUAGAGUUUUGGCCAUGGUCAAAUCGCUACAAAUUUUACUUACUUAGUUGUAUAUUGAAAAUUCAUAAUCUGAAGGAUUUCCUGAAUAGCGCACAACGCUGUACGGAUGAGUUUUAUGCGGGGGUACGCAUAAGUUUGAGUCAUAAAAGUGUUCUAGCUGCUAGUCAACAUUUAGUAAAAGCGCUUAGCGCCCAAAACUCUGAUGAACUGUUGCAUAUGUCUGCCGAGAUACUAACACGUGGUUCAUUAAAAGAAAUCAAGAAUUUCAAUGCUCAUUGGUUUGGACGCAUAGAACAAAAGGAUAGAUUAUUUGAAUUUCUACAAAAGCAGCCUGAAAUAACUAAUUUCCUUGAACAUACAAUCGAUGGCUCUGCCGAUCAAAAUUAUUUUCGCUCAACACUAAUAUUUAGUAUGUUUUCGCGACAAAUAUUUGAAGUAUCUAAGCUGCACUUUUUUAAAAUCAGUACUGAACUUAUAACGAACUGCUUCCAAUUUGAAAUGGAAACACAAAUGUUGGUUUUUAAAUUCAUUGUGGACAACCUGGCCAGCUUUGCCAUCGAAGAUUGUCUGGAAUUUACGUUGGCAUUUAUAAAGAAGCACAAGGGUGUAGAAAACGCACAGUAUCGAAAUGAAAUUUUAGGCAAAAUACCAGCUAUAAUUAAUUAUGUCGCCAAAGCUUUUAGCAAAUUGCAUGAUGCUGAGGGUACCACUACGCUUGAGACUAGCAUUCAGACGUUUUUCAAACAACUACAUCACCUAAUUGAAGCGGACAUUGGAAGUACAAUGUAUCAACCGAAAAUAUUUUCAUUACGCCUAUUAGACAUUCUACUAAAGUCAUUGUAUGCAGAGCACUUGGAAAAGAAUGCCAAAAAUUGUUGCUUAGCACAAAAUAAAAAACUUGGUUACUUUUUGGUCGAGCAACAAGUAUUUGAAGCUGCUAAGGUAACUGCGGCGCUCUUCAAACUACUUGACGACCCACUGGGUUACGACGAUGCUUUAGAUUUGAUUUUGGUGCUCUUGCAGCAAAUACAUUUCAACGAUGCUGCGGAAAGUGUGCGCUUGUGCAAGGAGUUUAGCCGACGUUGUGCUGUAGAUGAGUGUGUGCUAACCACACUCUAUGCACGAGUGGUGUUACAUUGCAGUAAAAACACAGGAAAGGACGAACCGCUUUUGGAAUUGCUUGAAUUUGCAGUAGGGCACUUGAAAAAAGAAAUCGCAGAAUUUCAAGAAGAUCCACUGCUCGUUUGCAAGACACGCAAUCAUUUAUUUAGUUACAUCAAUAUCAUAGGAGAGGUGGUGCAAGGCAAUAUUUGUUUGUCAAUGGAGAAUCAAAGUGAAAUACUUGACCUAUUGGAAAAAGUACUGAAUUUAGUUUUAGAUUUUUUGAAUGUGUGCAAAGCAGAUCCAAUGCAAGCCGCCCUUAAUGCAGCAAGCUUCCAAGAUAUGGACGAGAGCCUAGAAAUAUUGGUGCGCAAAAGUGCAUAUAAAAUGACAGACGACGGAGAAUUUCGAAAAUUUCUAUUAAUGUCAUUUUGGCUGACAUUAAAGGCUGCGUGUGAUUUGGCAACAGAAAUCGGCGUCCGGUAUGUAACAAACGGUGGGUGCGAUAAAACAGGUUUCAAGAUUCUGGGGCGUUGCUUAGAUAUAAAUGUAGCAGUGCUGACUCGUUGCAGGCACAAAGGCGCCAUUGAAGCAGCUGGCGUCAGCAUUGGCAAGCUUACUAAAAGUAUAACAUCGAAUUCAUUACCCACUUCAGCAGUUUACCUUUUGUUAGAUAACUGCUUGCAGCUUUUAUUCGAUAAUACCAAGCAGGUGAGCGUAACACGACGUGGUGCUGGAUACUCUCUUAUGAUGUUACAUAUCGUUAAAAGUGAACAGCAGCGCUCUAGACCCUUGUUAAAGCGUGUAGUGGAAAAAUGUAUUGGAUUACUUAAUAAAUGUCGAGUAAACGACGCAUCACAUGCAGAUAAUUUCGAUCGAUUUGAGGCAUUACUACUGCACUACCUUGGCGUAUUAGUGCGAGAUACGGAGCUGCGAGAUGCCACUUCUCAUUACUAUAAUGAAAUCCUAUGGGUUACUUUGAAACGCAUUGAACACACUGAAUGGACUGAAUUCAAUGCAGCGCUGCAGCUUUUUGGUGCGCUAAUACCAAAAAUUGUUGGUCAAACCCCAGCAAAAGACUUCGACGACGCAGCUGGAAAUGAAAACAAUGACGUUACAUACGAUGAAAUAAUACGAAAACUGCCAACAGCUUGUGAUUACAUUUUAAAUUACUUUACAGUCAAUAGCGAUAUAACCACCCGGACCAUGGUACUGUUUCUGGGCUUUCUUUCCAAAGUAAAACACUUACCUAAGCAACCUGAGCCAAUUCAACUCUCAUUUUUGCAACACAUCCGCGAGUUAAUGUGGCGUUUAUUGGCUCAUCGUUGCGAAAGCGUGCGCAAAUUGGCAGCGUUGUGUUUUGCUCGUGCUCACGAUUUCAGCCACGAAUUGCCGCAUGCGUUACUAAGUGUUUCAAACAUACUUGAAAACAUAGCCGACGAGAAUUUUUUUUUGGGUCUAGUUUUUACGCUUGCUGAAGGCAUAUUGCGCAUUAAACAUGAAAGUCUGCACACCAAUGAUAGGGCACAGAAAAUAUUCAUGCAACAGCUACGCAUGUCCUUGGCCAACUUGAAACUAACGCAUCAUUAUAAACCUUAUUCGUUAUGUAAACUGCUAGACGUAUUCGUACUGGUGGGUCUUGACAGUCAGAUGACGGUUGUGCAAAAAUUAUUGGAAAUAUCUGUCGAAGAAGACGCCAUCGGCUAUGAAGUGUAUCAGGAACGAGUAGCAAAGUUUAUAUGCUAAACGUAAAUAAAAAAAAAUCGAGCUUGUGAUUUUUCAAGUGAGCAAUAUUCCCAUAAAUUGCAAUACAAUACAAUAAUAAAUUUGAUCACUUUGCUAUUGUAGACGUCGAAUAAAGGUGGCUCUUUUCGAAAACUGCUACUUUACUUUUUGGCGAAUUUGGCAAUUGAAUGAUGUCAGUAGCAAAGUAGCAGCAAAUAGAUGUCUCCACGUGUCAACGAGUUGUUCUAAUUCUCGUCUACUCUAAUGUACUGAAGUUUGUGAAAUGUAUGCUGACAAAGGAAUCCACAAUAAGGCGAAAUAAUUAUACUAUCUAUGCAUUUAAGACUAAAAAUUAAAUAGUUUAGAGGCUUUAGUUUUACAUAUUUAUUAUAAAAAUUCGACUGUAAUUAAGACUAAGUUGAAAAAUAAUGGAUCAGACAAAAUUUCAAUUUAAGGCAUCAUUUCUAGUUGAGCAGAAUAUGUUAAGUCAAAAAUGUCAGAUUUGCCUAGAAGCUGUAAGACAAAGUAUUGAAUAAAUACCGAUGUAACCAAACGCACUUCUAUGCUACACAUGUACAGGAAUAAUGUAUGUUAUAUACUCCGUUGUAAAAUUAAAGCACUAACACAUAUUGACGAAUUUUUAAUAUUUAUUUUAAUAAAUGCGGUCUCCGUUGAGAAAAAUGUUCCAUAUUCGUGUUAUGGAGAAAAUGUGCAA